AGGAAAGCCUCACUUCCUCGUCAGUCGUCAGUCGUCACUCAGUCGAGUUUGAAGAAAAGCCUCAAUUCCUCUUCUCAACCUCACUUCCUCAAUUCCUCUAUCGAAACGUCGUCGCUUCCUGAAGGAUUUCUCUUUCAAUACUCCGACGCCAUUGCUGAAACCCUCAACUCGACCACUUCAGUCUUCAGAAACUAUUGAAGAAGCAUGGUUUGAUCCGGUUGCAAUAUUGGAAUUUGGAAUCUGACUGUGAUGAAGAUUACCCAAGUGUUCAUGAUGGUGAUUUUUCUCACAUCAAUACCGAACUGGGCCUAGAACGACGAAGAAGAAAGAAGAUUCACCCAAUCUAUUUGAAUGCUGAGAACCAUUUCUAUCUCCUGGACUCCUCUGAGGUCCCUCUUCCAAAAUCGAGCUCCUCAUUGUUCAAUCCCAAACCAAACCCCAUCACCACCAUGUACCUCUUCCAGUUUGAUCUCCUAUUCUCUUUACUCGACGUCAUCAAAGCAAGAGAAGGAGGACAGAAAUGAGGUCGUUUCGCUUUUCAACAGAGAUCCAGCUGCCCCUCCAAGGCUCUUUGUGGUCCAGCCCCGGCUUCGUCCCGAUUCUAUCUUGCACGCUAAGCUCAACGAAGCUCUCAGCCUUGCUAACUCUCUUGAAGAACAGCGAAAUGGAUGCUUCGAAAACAAUUUGUGUGAUAAGGAAACACCACCGCACGUUGUUGUUCAAAACCCAAUAGUGAGGCACCAAACUCGUGCAGAUACAUAUUUUGGAAAAGGAACUUUGGAAGCUGUUAAGUGUUAUCUGAAUGCUGCGGAAGAAAAGGAUCAAGUGGAUGCUGUUUUUGUGAAUACAACUCUGUCUGGAAUUCAGCAGAGGAACUUGGAGAGAGUGUUGGGCAAACCAGUCUUGGACCGUGUGGGUCUAAUAAUAGAGAUUUUCAAUGCUCAUGCCUGCACAAAGGAGGGAAAGCUUCAGGCCGAGUUAGCAGCACUAAUGUAUAAGAAAACAAGACUUAUACGAAUGCGUGGUCCAGGUGGACGCUUAGGUUUUGGAAUGGGUGGAGAAGCUGAAGUUGUUAGUGCCCGAGGGAGAGGAAAUGCUGGAGCUGGAUUCAUUAGUGGGGCAGGAGAAACUGAACUUCAACUUCAACGACGAAGAAUUUUAGAAAGGAGGAGUAGUCUGCUGCAACAAAUUAAGGAUGUUCGUCGUACUCGAGCUGUGCAACGUGCUUCUCGCAAGAGGCAUGGAAGCUCUGGUCAAGGCUUAGCUACUGUUGCUGUUGUGGGGUAUACAAAUGCUGGGAAAUCUACAUUGGUGAGUGCCCUCUCACAUAGUGAUCUCUACAGUGAUUCUCGAUUGUUUGCAACAGUUGACCCUAGAUUGAGAAGUGUACUUCUUCCUUCAGGGAGGAAAGUGCUUGUUAGCGAUACAGUAGGAUUUAUUUCAGAUUUGCCAGUGCAGUUGGUGGAAGCAUUUCAUGCGACUUUAGAAGAAGUUGUGGAGGCUGAUCUGCUUGUGCAUGUGUUGGAUUGCACUGCUCCUAAUCUUGAGGAGCACCGAUCAACUGUGUUACAUGUUCUUGAGCAAAUCGGUGUAUCCAAGGAGAAGCUUGAGAAUAUGAUAGAAGUUUGGAAUAAGAUUGACAAUGAGGGAGAGGAUAGGGGAAUGGAUGUUAAUGAAUCUCUUGAUGAUGGUGAAGAUGGUGAAGAUGGUGAGGUGAGCGGCCUCUCAGAAGAAGAUGAUGUGGAGUCUGAGCUGUCACCAGGAGCAGCAAACUGUAAGGCUGAUGAUUCUUUGUCUGAGCUGUCAGCAGAGAAUCCCGAAGCGUUGGAUGACCAAGAACUCGAUUCAGAAGAUAACCAAGAUCAUUGGGGUGAAGAAGGUGGUUUCAGCAUGGGCUCUAAGACUCUGAAUGACCAACAAAGUGAGUCCCCUAAGGACUGGGCAGUGGAAAAACAAUUGCAAUCACAAGCUCCAUCUGGUCCACAUGUUAGAACUUCUGCCAUAACGGGAGUCGGCUUGCAAGAGUUGUUAGAGCUCAUUGAUGAGAAACUGAAGGUCCCAAAUGUUGUGGAAAAGGGUGUAUUUGAUCGAAAAUGGAGGCCCCCUCGUACAGAGGAGGCGGGGCUAGCAGUUGAACAAUGAUAAAUGCAUGUGAGAUGUUUGUUCAGUUAUGCUAUCUCUGAACAAAGACAGGCUUCUAUUGGAAGGCCCUAUUGACAGGGGUAACCGACAACUAUAGAGUGAAGAAAAUGGUGGCUCAUGGGAGAAUAAAUGUCAAGAAAGGACCCUGAAGAUAUUCUAGCAUCAAAGUUUCUUACAAGUACAUCAGUUUGAACAUUUCUUCAAGCCUUAGCCGUUUGGAUGUUCCUUCCGGUGCCCUUUGUGUGCUUUCUAUACCUAGAAGAAAAUAAAAGCAAUUUUGGGUGAAGAAAUGUGGAAUGUCUCGGUUUACACACCUCUCUUCUCUUGUGGUUUGUUUUUUUUUUUUUUUUGAUAGGUGGAUAGGCAAGGAGGAGAUCCUUCCUAUUCUCUUAUAAUAAGAAAAAGAAGAAUAAAGUACAAAGAAUUAAGCCAAAA